CAGCACCCCGUACACAUAUAACCCAAUAUAUCCCAACAGCCACAAAGGAAAGGCUUGGGAGUAUUCGUAGCAUCCGUGUUCAUAGUAGGGACCAUGUGUGGAAGUGGAAUACUUGCGUUGCCUAAAGCUAUGGUGGACGCUGGGUGGGCAGGUAAGGUGGGCUAACAUGUGUAUAGCUGAUAUGCUAGGAGCUGAGGUGCCUUUGAAACCAAAGGAGACAGGGUUCAAAGCUUGAUGCUGCUACAUUGUCCAGCGCUGGCACAGUGGUAAACGCACCUGUCUCUAAGUUUAUAUGUGACUUCGGACAAGACAGUUAACGUUCAUAGAUGUGUUGUAUUGGCCUACUUAUAAUAUGUGGGUUGAUAUCUGCCUUCACUGGCAGCAUACUUGGUAAGUGUUGGACGAUCCUACGUAUGAGAUAUCCUGAAUAUGAGGAUCAAUAUAUACCAGACCCAUACCCUACCAUUGGUUUCCGUGCAGCUGGUAGGGUGGGCAGGUUCGCAACAAGGUUUUGCAUCAUCGCAACUUUGUAUGGAGGAGCCACUGUUUACCUUCUAUUGAUCGCCGGCAACAUCUCCAACUUGAUCGAAAGUCUCGGUCAUGUAGAAAUACAUGCUUGUUAUUGGAUUCUCAUAAUCACCGCUGUCCUUAUUCCUUUUACUUGGCUGGGAACUCCCAAGGACUUCUGGCAAGCUGCGAUAAUGGCUGCUGUUACAACGGGGAUUGGCGGAUUGCUUGCUACUAUAGCACUUAUUGUGAUGAUACCAACCACCCCACCAGCCACACACUCCAACCCAACAUUCAACAGUUUCUUUAACGCUUUUGGAACGAUUCUCUUUGCUUUUGGUGGAGCCAGUGUAUUUCCCACCAUACAAGUUGAUAUGAAACAACCGGACAUGUUUCCUAAGUCUGUUGUUAUAGGAAUUAUAUCCUUUAUAGAUAUUAACAUGAAAACUUACCCACCACACCACACAGCUGUACUGGCCACCUACCUUCCAAUAUGUGUUGCUGGGUUGGUUGUCCUUGGUGACAACAUGACACACGAUAAUAUACUCGAUGAACUUGCAAAGACUUGGCUUCUAUACUCCGUUAUUAUACUAAUCACGUCCCAUCUUCUCAUGGCUUUCCUCAUAGUUGUGAACCCAAUCAACCAGGACUUAGAAGGUUUCUUCAAUAUAGCAGACAAAUUCUCAAUCAAGCGUUGUAUUGUCCGAACGAGCGUGAUGCUAUCCAUGCUCUUUGUCGCCCUCAGUGUCCCGCAUUUUGGGGUGAUCCUAUCUCUAGUUGGGGGAACCACCGUUACUGCUACCAACUUUAUUUUCCCCCCACUUUUCUACCUUAUGUUGUCACGACAACUAACAGCGAGCGACGCACCCGGGGAACUCCCUAAUUUCCCCGGAAAAACUUUCUACACCGCUGUGACAUCGCAAACGAUGUCCCCACCUGACCCUGUGACCCCUGAGGUGUCGGAAAAUGAAGAAACCCCAAAGUUCACGACCCCCCCUCACCAAGACACCCCAAUACCCCAAAUACCAUGGGUUAAUAUUAACGUACCCACGUACAUGAAGCUGCUGCUCAUAGAAAUCAUACUAAUAGGGUUGGUUGGGGGCGUGGCGUCAACAUAUUCCGUUAUUACGUCACUUGUUUCCGGAACAUCAGGGUUCACAGUUCCUUGUUAUGUGAAUUGGGCAACUGCUGAUGCGUGACCACACAUGGAGUUUUAUAAAUCUACACUACUGCGUGUAACAAACAUUAUUGUCUUUGAUUCUGGAACAUAAUAUGAUGUCAUAAAGCACAUUAUGAUGUCAUCAUUACAUUGCCAGGCAAACAGAUAAAGUUCAUUGAAUUGUUAAUUGUUACAACAUAAUUCAAUUAUGAUUAAAAAUGAUGUUAUUUUCACACAGAUUCAAGUCCCUUUGGUUUUAGUUUUAAUAUAAAUGUUCCAAUCAGUGUGAAAAUGUAAUAUUUUUAUUGGUGUUGUUUUAUUAUUAUUUUUUAAUUUUGUAAUUAAUAAAUUAAACAAUUUUUAAUGAAAUUAAAACAUUUACUGAACACGUGUGUUUUAUACAAUACGCCUUUAUCUAAAGUUCAAACUCAUUUAGAACUUAUAUUUAAAAAGAAUGAGUGAAACAUACACCUCGUGCCAACUUACAAGUUACCACAUAUGUUACUUUGUGGUUGAUUGUUUUUUUCUGUAUGGUCCGCAAUUUGGACAACCCAUUAGUGGCCACUUAUUUGCCAAAAUAUAGCAAUAACAUUGAAACAAAAUAUUGAUUAACAAUGACUUUUACUAAUAAUUGAAUGGCACUUGCAAAACUACUACAAAUAACCAAAAAGGUAUAUUUAUUAUUUAUAUUAAAAUUACAAGUUUAAAGUCAUAGUAAGCAUAGUUUGCUUAUAAUUUUUAUUGUCAAAAAUAAUAAAAAAAUUCUAGAAAUGUGUUGAUUAUUAAAAUGCUGCAGACUGUUAUGACAUCACAAUGUGUUUUCAUUAACAGCAAGCCGAAACAAGUUGUGAUUGUUUGUAAACAAUCGUAUGAAAAUGUAAACCAAGACAGGAAAUGACAUCGUAU